AUGAAGCCGCCGAGCUACCCUACGGCGUUCUCGAUCGAAACCGCGAGACGUCGCUGUAUAUAUGCCCUGAUAUCAUCGCCCGGCAUCGGUAUCGUAGUCUUGGCCCUACGUCUCUUUGCCGUUGACCUCGCGGAAAUCCCCUCCUGGGUAAAAGAUGCCCACCAGCUACAGUACCUCCAGGUUGAUAGUCGGAACGGAAAGACAAUUGGUGGCUUGGAGAAUAUUGAAAAUUUGCCGGAGCUCGAGCAUCUGAUGCUCACCAGAACUAACAUCAAAACAUUUCCACGGCUGAACUCGCCGAAGUUGAUUACACUGGAUCUUAACUGCAAUAUGAUCACCGAGUAUCCGGAUAAUGUGUUCGAGAAUUUGACGGAAAUCCAGUUCCUGACCCUACGCAACAACCCGCUCCCCUAUAUCAGCCAAGCAGCCAUGCGCCCGUUGACCAACUUGAAGCACCUCGACUUCGGGCAACAAACCUACUACCCGUACGCAGCGUUAGGUCCGUUAAGUAUGGAUUACUACGUCAAUCGUGCCGGUCGCACUUUCACCUGUCGAGACUAUGAUGUUAAUGAUGGGAAAUUGACCAACUUCUCGGCAGCCACCCUACCCAACCCAGAGAAAUUAUUGAGCCUUGAAUUGCCUGAACAAAAACGGCUAAACUUCGAUGCCGAUUAUUUUGCCAGGUUCCCAAAUUUGAUGUCACUAAACCUACACGGGGUAAAUUUGGCGUCGCUCGACGGGGUCGGCCUGGAAAAGCUGGCUUCGUUGAAUUUAAUGCGAGCUAGUGGCAUCAAUUUUACUGCGGAUGUCUGGAUGCCGGAAACUUUUCUCUACAAUUUGACUCAGUUGCAGUAUAUUUACUUGCAGGACUCGAAUAUAAAAGCCUCCGCACCGUGGAUAGCCAUGGCCAAAACGUCACCCCGAUUUAACGGGGAGCUUGGAUACGAAUUUACGGUUUACCGCUUCAGCUACAUGGACUCCUGCUCGCAGCAAAUCAUGAACGAGGUGGCGAACAACGUGGCGGCCGACGAGACGUGCGCGGAUGACAAGGCAUCUCUGAUGAACGACGCGAAAAGGAUUAUAGAAGCGAAAUUUGCGCUCCAACGCAGCGUCGUCGAUUUGACGGGAAAAGUU